AUGUCUGAGAUAAAAGUUCUCGAAGAGGAAAUUAAUAAGCUGAGCGCAUCAACCUCAAUAUUUACUCACAAAAUCGAGGAUAAAGCGGUGAGAGUUAUAAUAGAAAAAGAACGUAUCUUUUUAAUAGAUUGUCCUUUACUUAUGCGCAUUAAAUUAAUGAUGAAACAAGAUGAAACAAAAAAUCCCAUUGCAACCAUUCAAGAACUGCUUGAAAAUAACCAUUUCUUUGAUAAGACAAUCAAAUAUAACAAUAAUGAUUUCCCUAUUUGUGGAAUUCAGAUUCUUUCUAAAGAUAACGAAAAUGAUCAAUUCAAGGAGAUGUUUCAGAACAAUAUCCAGAAGUUUAAGGAACAAUACAAAAAAUAUACAAACGAAUAUGAUAAGGAAUACUUUACUUUGGCAACUUUACCAAGUGGAUUCAUUUAUUUCAGGAACGAAUACUCUAUCCGAAAGUUUAUGGAGUUAAUUGAAGAUGCAAAUUCUUCAAAUGAUUUGGAUUACCUUGUUGACCUCAUUCUUUCAUUAAUUUUAUACGAUGUUGUUUUCAUUGACAAUCUUCACGAGUUCCUGAUCGAAUUUGGCGACUUUAGGAAAGCAUUUAACGAAUCAAUUCCAUUUAUGCAUGAAAUUCAACAACAAGCACUUGGAAAAAUCGUUGACAAUGAAGAGUUAUUUGGCAAACUCUUAACGAAAGUUGCUUCAUUCCUAAACAUCACUUGGAAGUACUCUCCUUUAUUGCCAGGCAAAGAUUUACUUAAAUUCAAAGUAGAUUCGAAAGAAACAAAAGAAAAACUUGAUUUACAAGUUUAUCAAAAAACAUUUGAUUUCACAAAAGAUGAUACACAAAAGGACUUGUUGUCUUCUGCUUAUGAUGCAGCAUUUCUUUCAAAUGAUCCUAAAAUCAAAGUUCUUUUAGAAAAUCCAGAAACAAGGCUUUAUUUCUUUAAGUUUGGACAACCUUUAUUUAGAGGACAAAGUUUGGGAGGAAAUUCUGAAAAAGAAGAUGAGGAAACUAAAGAAAUAAAGAAGAAAUGGAAAUCAAUAACAGCUGAUCAUAAAGAAGCAGAAUUCCUUCAAAGAAUCAAACAAGAAAGACCAGAAAUACAAUUGAAAUUGUUACAAAUUUACAAACAAAAACUCGAAGAAACAAAAAAUCACAUUUCAAAAUGCAUUGAAAGAUUUAAUGAUAAAAUCAUUUUUGAUUCUUAUGCAGCUGCAAUUGAAAAUGAAUGGCAACGCCUUGGAUAUGCAUUAGUUGCAAAAUUCUACAAUUCAUCAGAAGAAUGGUUCCAAUCUGUUGUAAAAACUUUCCAACUUGCUUUCGGAAAGAGGAUCCCAACAGAUGCAGAAUUUGUCAAGAAAGUUUUGAAGGAUAAACCAAAGGAUGCUAUUGAUGCUCUCAAUAGCCAUUAUAAUAAUAGAAAAUAUCUGAAAUGUACAAUCAGUCAUAUCAAAUUUUCUUCAAUUUUGUUGAAAAUCAUUUUCGACAAAAUGAAAGACGCCGCUUUAAUCAUUUUCUUAAAUCAAAAUAAAGAUGGAACAGGCGAAACUUUUACAUCAUAUGAUCAAUGGGUUAUGAAUGUAUUUUUCAAGAAAGAUGGUAACUAUGGAACGAAACUUUUGAUUAUGAAAAGGAUGGAAUAUAUCACAAGAGAUCAAAGCAAAAAUUACAACGAUGUUAUUGAUGAACUCGAUGCUAAGUUUGAUAAAGUUUUCGAAAAGAACAAAGAAUUUUUCACAUCCAUUAAAUCAAUUCAAUAUGACGACUAUAUUGAAAAACUCAAAAACUCAGAUUCGCCCUAUUUAACUGUAGAAUUUGAAUAA